AUGCAGCGUCAGACAGAAGAUGGUGCCAUUCAGAAGUCGCCCCCUAGUGGUCUGACUGCUCAAACUGCACCAGACAGGAGUUAUGGUGGAGCUCACAGGCAGAAGAAGGCUCGUCUGGCUGAGGAUCUGAGUGUGAAAAUUCAGAGUCGGGCUGGACCACUUGAACUCCUGCAGAGGCAUAUUCUGCCUCUAGAGAACACUGCUUCUUUGCCAUCAAAUGUAUUUGAAGAUGACAACUCCUCUUCUGCCUCUGCAUCUCCCGAGCAACUCGGGAUGCACCAAUCUCCUGGCUUCUCAUCAUCACCUGGGCAAGGAUGUGACCAAUCACCAAGUGAUGCGUCACCUAUUGCUACGCCGAUCAGCCCAAACAAUGUACAGUGCAGAUUGGCAUUGCUCCCGGCAACCGAGUGCAUCAGCCAACCAAUGACCAUGACAGUAACGGGGUCAAACUCCAUGUCAACAACUGGCAGACCGAAAGGGAUGUACAUGCCCUCCCAGACACCACCACUGCUGCCAAAGACAGCACAAACUCCAGCUCCAUAUUCUCAUUCCAUUCUGGGUGGGUCCUUAACUUCAUCCCGCCCUCCUCGGCCACGAAAACCUCGCGAUUCCAAACCUAAAAUGAGGAAGCUGAAAUACCAUCAGUACAUUCCCCCAGAUCAAAGGACUGGGACUGGAAACGGAGCCGGAAAUGCUUCACAAAAGAAUAACAACAGUCAGGCUCCGGCCACUGAUUCCUCUCACUCCCACCUCUUGCAACAACAGCAAGUGUACUUAAAACUACAAAUUCUUAACCAGCAACAACAGCUCACUGUGACAAACAGUGAGAACCAUUCGAAGAUUCCUGGAACUACACCUCAAAGUCCCCCUCAGUCUGGAACCCCUUCAACAAACCCCUCUACUCCUGAUACAAGUCCCAUCCACCAGGCAGAGUUCCUCCCCUCAAACCUUGAUGACCUAACGGUGUCAGUUCUUCGUCAGCAGUUGCGGAAACGUGGACUCCCAGUUUCCGGCACUAAGCCGGCACUACUAGAAAGACUCCGUCCUUUCCAGAUGCCGCGUCCCCUGUUAACCCCUGCCCCACUUUGCCAGCUAGGGGCCACACUAGAACCAUCCCACCCUGCUGCACUCAACCAAAUCCCUUCCAGUGUAAACACCUCCGCCAAGUCUGUUCCAAUGUACAUCCACCCUUCGGGUUUAUCGGAGCAAAGCAUAGCUGGUGAUACUUACCUCACUUCUCCUUCUUCUGCUGGCUCCAGUCCAACCUUACAUACGUCCUCUUCUCCAAUUCCCUCUGGCGCCACAUGGAGGCCAGGCCAGCCAGUAGAUGAACUUAGUGUGGAGCUGGAAAUGAGAGAGAGGUUGAGGAGCAGACCCAGAGAAGUAGCGAAAGACUCUCAACUGUGUGGAAGUUCCCUUCAUUCGUUCCUGCAACAGGAGCCAGGAUGCACCAGAGGGAAACCAGACACAGGCGGACAGGAACUGCUCUUUACGUACUGCACUGGUGAAGGAAAAGCAAACUGUUGUCAGCUUUGUGAUGUAAUUGGUCAAGACUUUGAUUUGCCUAUGCAAAUCACUGCCAGUCCAGCACAGGCAUCGCCCCCUGUCCGGAGUUUGGAAGAGGAACUACAGGAGGCUAUUCAAAGAGUGCAAAUGGACCCUACUCAGUCCAUCGAUGACAUAUUGGACGAGACUAUUGGUUGUUCAGAUAACUCCUCACUCAUCACAGACGUCCAAUCAGCCACCACCAUCCUCUCAGGUUCCUCCCCCACGCCGCAGCCUGACCAAUCACAGUUCACCAAGCGCCAAAAAGAAGACAACUUUCUUUCCUCUCCUCUGUGCUCUUCGCUUCUUUUAGAGCUUCCUCCCUCACCUAACAACGCCCCACCCCUCGGUUCAACCCCAACUCUACUUCCUCCUCCCCCCAUCUGCACCACUCCACCAUCCAGCUCACUGUCCAGGAAAAGAAGGUCAGAGGUUCUUGUUUUUGACCCUGCUGAUUGGCUGGAGACCUUGACCUCUGGCCUGCACCCGCUAACACCCCCCACCGCCCCAUUUUUAGAGAAUGACUUUGGCCUUGACGCAGACCUGAACGUCAACAGGGUCCUCGACCUGAUGGUGGAGCAAUGGUGAGGAAGGGGCGUAGUGUGUGUCUGCAUGUGUGUGUGGCUAAUUGGAUGCAUUGGAAAUUAACCACCCUUCAAAUCGUGUCCCCUCGAGAGGCGACCCCUCAUCCUCUCAUUCGUUCCUUCGUUUUUGCAUCCAUCCAUCUCUGUCAACUGAUGAGACCAAACAGGUCUGACUGGUGUUGACUGCUAACCUCUACUCCACGCAAUGUCGAGAGAAAGAGGGAAAUUGAAAAGAGAUAUGCUUUGGUAACUUGUUCAGAAAGAGCCACAUGUGCACAUACGCCACACUUUCACAAUGACUUGUAUUUUUAUAAAAGCUUUAAAAAUCGAAAAAGAAUAAAUAAUAAAAAAGCGGGUUUCCCGUUGAUUUGCCUCUUGCUUCAGCGCCAGACAAACUGUCGGCAUGUGGCAACUGUGUGGAGCAGCGGGAGCUUCAAACAAUCUGUGUGUAUUUACAGGGAAGUGUAUGCGCUCCCUGUAUGUGUGAGCACGCUUCUCUUGGCUGAUUUAUCUGUGUGUGUUUGUGUUGGCGCAUACACACAUGCCAGCAUGUUCUGUAUCUACAAUUUCAAUGUGACAUAAAUGAGGUGUCUAAAGCAUCCAAAUGCACUUGUUUCUAUUUAUACUGGUGUACAUCAUGAUCUCCUUUGUCUGAACUAGCGCAUCAUAGCACUGAUGUUAACCCAAAAGCAUUGGCUUAACGUAUCCUUUUUAAAUUUUAGGACAGAAUUAAUAAAGCUACCUUUAGGCACCAAUACAGUGCACAAUAAUGCACUCUGAGGCCAAUAUGCACCUUCAGCAAGAUUGAAACCACUAAAUAGGUUAGGAACUAAUGAGAAAAUGUGGAAAAUCUAAAGGCUUUUGUACUGAUUGACCAGCCUGCCCAAACAACACUGUGCAAAGUUAAAGAAGGAAUAUUUCAAAUGCUACUGUUUAAUUUUUUUUUAAUGGGACCCAUUUAACAUUGUCUACCAUUGUUGUUUACAGACAUUUGACCUUUUGACUGCCCGUUGGUUUUAUGCAUUACUACAACAGGGAUACAGCACAUUUAGAUGUUUAAAGAAAGGGACUCUUUAUUCUGUCCCAGUCUUAUAUGUGAAAGUGUAUGUGUAAAUAGGACAAUGUGUUUGAUAAUCAAAUAUAUUGCCCUGAGUUCAGUAUGCAGACAGGUGCUGGAGAAUCAUAGCAUUUGUGCUGCUGGAUAUUGUUGGCUCUCAGAUGAGUUUUUUGUAAUGUAACCCUACAAAACACAAGUAUUGUUUCUUUUAAGCCACAUGUCUAAAUAAAUCAACGACCAAUCAACAAAAAUGAAAAUAUGUUAAGUGUUUGAUCAGAUAUGUUCACUGAUAUAUUUAUUGAGUUAUUUAUUUAAACUCUGUCAAGUAUCCAUGUUCAAGUCCUAUAGUAAAGUUAAAACAGUCAAAUUAAAGUCUUAAUUGAUUUUCCCA